UCCUAAAUUCUUGCCAUCAGAAUUCGCGCAUUAUCACCCCAAGUUUCACGCUGCUUCAACAAGUAUCAAUCACAUUUACCUACUGUUGGUGUCACAUAUAUAUAUACACACAGUAAAUCCCUCUCUCUCUCUCUCUCUCUCUCUCUCUCUCUCUCUCUCUCUCUCUCUCUCUCUCUCUCUCUCUCUCUGAAAGUAAGAACAAUCAAUCCUAAGGAUUGCUAAAGAGAAUGAGAUUGAUUGAGAAUGAAAAUGGAAUUGCGCAUACAAGUGAAAAAAAGUGAGAAAGGAUGAAGCGAAAAUGACAUAAAAUAAAUGAGAGAGAGAGAGAGAGAGAGAGAGAGAGAGAGAGAGAGAGAGAGAGAGAGAGAGAGAGAGAGAGAGAGAGAGAGAGAGAGAGAGAGAGAGAGAGAGAGAGAGAGAGAGAGAGAGAGAGAGAGAGAGAGAGAGAGAGAGGUACCACUCCCUAGUCCCUUAUCUCUGACAGAUAACAGGGAAGGGAAGUUUGAGAAUGACAAAUGAAGGGAGGAAGGGGCAGAUGCCGGAUAGAUGAGCAAUGACUUGCACAGCUGUCUGAUGACUCCUGCCUCAGGAGUAAUCCCAAGCCACCUGUAGCAUAUACAUCAAGAUCAAGAUCAAGACCACUCAUGUUUUGCAAUGAAAAGGGCCUGCCUAGACUGUGGCAGUGUGUACGAGUGGCUUUGCCUUGUUCUCUGAGUUUUCUCUGAGUUUUGUGGUUUAUCUCUCUUGCCUGUGUGCUAAAAUACCCUGAAAAAUGGUGAUGAGCGCAUGUGGUUCAUGCGAAGAGAGUGUGGCGAACAGGCAAAGGGCUGUGGCAUGCGAGAGAUGCAUGGCCUGGUUCCAUGUAGCCUGUGUGGGCAUGAGGGAGGCCAACAUGAAGGCGCUGGGGUUCGAGCUUCUGGUGUUCCUCUGCAGGGAAUGCCUGAGCAAGAGCCCCAAUGAAUGGAGGAACCAGGAUGAGGAAAAAGAAGAGAGAGUGGAGCAGAGCACCCAGACAGAAAACCUGAUGAAAGAGGCAGAAGCACAGACGACGAAGACUGAAGAGAGAAAAGACUAGCAAGAAGUGGUGGAAGUGGCCAGAACAGACAGACACCCAAGGAAGAAGAGAAUGGUAAUUAAGAAAGCCCCAGUACGUGUCAUUGGAGACAGCAUGGUAAGGAAGACUCCCGACUUUGUGAGAAGGGAAAUUGAGUGCACCAGCAUGGGAGGUGCUAAGAUCCAAGACGUCAAGAGGAAAGUCAAGGAAGAAGUGCAAGAAAUGGAAGAGAGAAGCCUGCUAGUUGUCCAAGGAGGAGGCAACAACUUAGUAGAGGCAGGUGCUGAAGACAGAGUAAAGGAAGUGAUAGAAGCAGUGAGGGCAGCAGAAGAAAAGAAGAUGUGUGUGGCUGUGGUGGGGGUCCUGUGGCGCCCACGGGAAGGAGUGCAGUAUGAGAAGGUCAGAAGAGAAACGAACCGCAAGAUAUGCAUGGAACUAAUGAAGGUCAAGAUGGAAUGGAUGGCAGAGAACAAGGGCAACGUGAGCUUCCUGGACAUGGAUGGGAUCCUCGACCAGGACAAAUUCUUCGGGAGAGACAGGGUCCACCUCAACCACAACGGGAAUGAGAGGCUAGGACAUCGACUGGCCGAGCGGAUGAGGGCGAGGCAGGUGUGUUGUGUGGACGAGACAUGACGAGGAGGACCCACUGAUGUCAGCAAACAUGAAAGAAAAGAGACUAACCAGGCAAGUAAAUGUGUGAAGAUUGGCUGUAUGAAUGUGAGAGGAUGGGGUGUGGGCAAGUUUGAGGAUGUAUGCAAGGAGCUCAGGGAGUGAAGGUUCGAGUUAAGUCGGGCUCACUGAGACUCACCUGAGAGAUGAUGUACGAAUGGAGGGAUGCAAGUAUGUUAUGACUGGAAAGGGGCGUAAGGCACAGGAAACACUGGGAGGAGGCGUAGCCCUACUCUACAAGAAAGAAAGAGGACUGAAAGUAAAGGAGAUUGAUGUGGGGGAGUGUACAAGUAGUGAGGAUGUGCUUGCAGUAAGAGUGGAAUGCAUGGAUGGUCAUGGCAGACCAGAGAAGGUGGUACUGGUGGUAGCAUACAUGACUGUCAUGGGUGAAAGAGCAGAGAGGGAAAAUAGGAGGAAGUAUGACAUACUUAAGAAAGUUGUGAGAGAGCAUGGAGAGGAGAGAGUGUUAAUUAUGGGUGACAUGAAUGCACAUGUGGGAAUACUGGGGGAACAGGUGAAUAGGAAUGGUAAAAUGCUUGGAGAGUUUGUUGAUGAACUGGAGCUGGAAAAUCUGAAUGUUACUUUGGCUGAGGGGCGUGUGACUUGGAGUGCAAGAGAACAGGAAUCGGCAAUUGACUACAUGUUGGUGAAUGGAAGAAUGCGUGAAAUUGUGUCACACAUGUGGAUAGAUGAGGAUGGUUUGGUUGAUAUUGUGUCCGAUCACAACAUGCUGGUGGUGGAGUGAUUGAUGCAGGUUGGGAAUGAAGUGAAAGUGGCAAGUAAAAAAAAGAAGUGGAGACUGAGAGAAUGUAGGGUGGGAGAACUUUCAGGUUGAUCUGAGUGAGAGAAGCUGGGAUGACGAAAGUGUGCAUGACGUGGAGUAUCUGAAUGAGAAACUGGUUGAGGACGUGAGGGGUGCUGCUGAGAACCAGACAGGGUUUGUGAGAGUAGGUAGAAGAAAGAAUGUAUGUAAACCAUAGUGGAAUGAUGAAAUCAGAGCAGCUAGGAAGGAGCGAAAGAGAAUGAGUAGACAGUGUAGAUGGCUGAGGAAAAAGAGGCAUGAAAGCGAUGAGGCAGAGAAUGAGUAUCAGAAUGCAUGGGCAGCAUAUGUGAAGCAGCAGCGGUUGACAAGACGAAUGAUAAUGAAUGCUAAAGUGAAGAGUGAAAGGAGAGUGAUUCAAUCUUUAAGGGAGAAAGGUAUGGAAGGUGGCCGUGAAUGGUACAAGUUCAUGAGAGGUGAGAAUAUGUCAGGCAGUGUUGGUGUGGAGAGUCUAAAAGUGGAGGGUGUAGUUAUAACAGAGAAGGAUGGAAUCAGGGAGGCAAUCAAAGGGUUCUGGGAAGAAGUAGGUGGGGUAGGUGAGAUGUUUAGUGUGAAAGAAUGUGUAACACUGGAAAGGAAGAAUGCAGAUGAACUGGAUGAAAGAAUCAGUAGGGAUGAAGUGGAGAGGUGUGUGAGAAGGCAGAAGAAUGGCAAGGCAGCAGGUCCAGAUGAUAUACCCUGAGUUCUACAAGAAUGGUGGGGAGGUAGUGAUAGACAGAAUGACUGAGUUAUUCAACCGAGUGUGGGAUGAAGAGAGAGUGCCAAGAAAGUGGAAUGAGAGCCGAGUGUGUCUGUUGCAUAAGGGAGGAUUUAAGUGUAAGAAUGAGCUGAAGAACUACAGGCCAAUUGCAUUAGUGAAUACAAUAGGUAAAGUUUUCAGUGCAGUGUUGAA